AUGGCGGAGGCCGUCCCGGAGGCCAAUGGCGCCGAGAAGAACGAUGGCCGCGCGGCGAUGGUGUUGCGAUGGUGUUGCGGUGGACGGGGAGAGGUGGACGAAGAUACAUCUUCAGCUGGCAAGGCUGCUGCAGUGGUGGGCGAUUUGAGUCUGGAGACCACCGCCGUGCCAGGUGAAGCGGAUAACUUGCUGGACAAGAUCUUGAAGAAUGCCCUGGCACCAAAGGUGAAGCCCGAGAACCUCAAGAAGGAGGGCGUGAAGUCCGAAGUGAAGUCUGAACUGAUCAAGAGUGAGGUGAAGACGGAGAAGGGCAUCAAGCAAGAGAAGCUGGACGGUGAGCCCUCCUGGUUCGGACCGGUCAUCUCGGUGUGGAUCUGGAGGAGACGACAUGCUGGAUCGGCCACGGCCAGUGGUCCGAUGACAUUGGCCGCGAAAUCAACCGAUGGCUUGUGUCGGCAGAUGCUCCGAGUAAGCUCUAGCCAGGUGAUGUGUUCGAGCCUAGAUGCCCAACCCUCUUACAAGUGCGUGUAUUUGGAUAUGUGA